GGCAACUUCGCCCGCCGCCAUUUCCCUUUCCCUCAGAGAGAGAGAGAGAGAGAGAGAGACGCCCCCUCCCUCAGUUUUCCAAAGUUAGGGUCGGUCUCCCGCAUCCCCACCCGGCCUGACUCCCCCCCCCGCUCCGCACCCACUUUCUGGGGGACCCCCGACUCCCUUGGGUGCUCUGCGGGCGAACUCUCUGCCCACCCCCCACCCCGGUAUUCAAAGGCCGCGCACUGUGUCGUGUACGUUAUUCUCUCUUCCCCCCCCCCCGAGUAUCCUGGGAUCUGUAGUUCGCCCCCCUCACGGGGCUGCAGUUCCCAGCACCCUCAGCAAACCGCAGGGCCCGGUUGCGGGGAGGGGGGCGGGAGAUACUUUAAAUCGCCUGGGGCCUUCCUUAAAUCCUCAGGAGACCAAAGCGUGCACUUAAUAUUUCCUCUGCUCCCGCCUGCCUUUUAAAAAGAUGUCUUUAUCAAAAGAUUUCCAUAAGUCACAAAAGUACAUUCAGUGUCUCUGCUUUCAAAUCGUAGAAUCUUCCAUACAGUUACCCUCUGAAUUGCUGAGUUGCAGUGCACAAGAAUAGGGUUCUUCAUUGCUCUGGGAGAGCUGAACUGCAGUUAGAAAUUGACCACACCACUUCUGCAAGAAUUGUACCUGUUACAGUCCUGACCCCAGCACAGUCCUUAUGGAAUCAUCAUUGCCAAUCUCCACUCCACAGCAGAAUACAACCUCUGAACUGGAGAGCAGUACCAUUCAGAAGCAGAGGAAAGAACUCCAGCUGCUAAUUGUGGAGCUGAAAGAUCGUGAUAAGGAGCUCAAUGAUAUGGUUGCAGUGCACCAGAGGCAGCUGCUGGCUUGGGAUGACGAUCGUCAAAAAAUACUGACGCUGGCAGAACGGUGCAGCAAGUUGGAGAAUGAGCUGCACAAGAGAAAUGAGAUGAUUAGCACACUGACUAGAAGGCUAAAGCACCUUGAAUCCCAGCAAAAUGACCGCAAGAUAACACUUGAGAAUACUCAGCAGAAGCUCCAGCAACUCUCUCGGAAAGCCUCUGAUACAUCACUUCACUGCCAGGCCCUCGAGGACAGCUGCAAGCCAAGAGAGCAGGAACUGCUUACUAUGUUAAAAUUAAAGGAUAAUGACAUACUUGAAGCAACGAAUCAUAUUACUGAAUUUACAUGUAAAUUUAAAAAAUUAGAAAACGCUCUGCGUGCAGCAAAGAUGGAGGAAUCAAGCGUCAAAUAGGAAAAGCAGGAUUUUAAACUCAGGCUGAAGGAACUUAUGUUGGAAACAAGCAAAUUAAAAGGUGACCUCAGCGAGAAAACAAAAGAAAACAAUGAGCAGAGGGAGGAAAUUCAUCGCCUCAAGCAAGAAAACAGUUAUUUGAACAAUGAAUUGAUGCUUAGUGCUGAGAGAGCAAACAGAAAAGACCAGCUGCUUCAGUCUGCUAAAUCUAAACAACUGCGAACUGACACAGAACUGAGCAAUUUGCGACAGGUUUGACUCCAGUUUCUGGGGGGGUGGG